AUGCGAUGCGCGAGCAAGGCCGCCGAGAGCGCGUCCGCACGUCUCUGUGCGGACGCCGAAGCAGAAACCACAGCAACUGAUGUCUUAUCGGUUGCUGAAGCGACUCAGCCUGUGUCACCUGGUGAUGCAGGCGCUGGUCAUGAAGACACUCAUGUCUUCACAGAGUCUGAGCUCGGUGUCUCAUACUCUCCUGAUACGGAUGACGGAUCCGUAUCGACGGCGAUCGAAUCCAUGCCGCCUGCCAAGCGUGGCAUGGAUGAUGCUAUGCGUCGUAGCAUAUUUGGUUCAUCUGAUUCAUCAGAUGAACCAUCGCCGAAGCGAAGGCGCUCGAGGUCGCGAGACUCGGGCGCUAGCAGUGGUGUCGGUUCUCCUAUGGACACCACUUCACAGCGAGGUGCCAGUACUUCUGUCGGCACGUCGCUGGAAGAGCGGGACCGCAAUGUGUUGCGUCUCGCUCCUGAAAAGAAGGCAUGGAUGCCUCCAAAAUCCGUCAUGGAUCACUUGUCAGCGACGACGAGUGAUCGUUAUCGAACACGGUUGUUCGAUUAG